AUGGAUAACUAUCCAUAUUUGGAUUCUGAAAUAAAUUCUGAUUUUAUAUCGGAAUUUUCUUAUUGUUUAAAAGAAGUGGGUGAGGGUGAUUAUUCAGAUCAAUUUUCCACUGAUAAAAUAUUCCCAACACGCGCCGAUUUAAUUCAAUGGGUUCGAAAGAUUGCAUUUGAUCUUGGAUUUGUUGUCGUCACUAUAAGAUCUGACACAGCAACUGGUGAAGCUGGUAGAAAGACAUUUAUUUUGUUAGGCUGUGAAAGAAGCGGGAAGUAUAGGAAGUAUAAGGCAGAUGUUCAACCUAGUUUAUCUGGCACAAGAAAAUGUGAGUGUCUGUUUAGGUUGAGGGGUAAACCUAAAGGAGAUGAUUGGGUGUUGAAGGUUAUGUGCGGCUAUCACAACCAUGAAUUAGCAGAGACUUUGGUCGUCAUCCUUUCGCGGGUAGGUUAA